AUGAACAAAAAAAGGAAGCUCAGGCUGUGGCUUUCUUAUCAUCUGAGUCGUGUCCUGUUGGCUUGCGGUGGAGAAAGGGGAAUUAUCGGAGCUCUGGCAUGGUGCAAGAGUCAAACUGUCAAUCGCCUGCAACAGAAAUUCGUUAUUCGCGCCGCCGAUGAACCUACUCCAAUCAGCACACCGAACAAGCAGAGCUUUGGAGGUCAAACCUUAGACCGCCAUAGGAGUCGUGAACUAAGGAUCCAAAUGCUUGAGCCCCGGACUCUCCUUGAUGAUUCACUUGCUCCUGACUUUUAUAUGGCACCAGGUCAGAGACUUGCGACUGUGAGAUGCAUUGUCAUUGCUGCCAGGAUACUCGCAUGCAAGGUCGCGGGAGUCGCAAUUAUGACAAGGGUUAUUUCCGUCACACUUGAUCUACUGCAGGUAACUGGACAAAUGAACGACGUUAUUGAGGGUUUAGGAGCAAUACUCGGAGAUGAAAGGGCGCGACAAACGGCCAGCGAUAUCGGAAUCACUUCUGUUGGCCGAACCAGGAUGCUUAUCUCCAUUCCUAAUGUUAUCCCCAUCACGAAUGAGGAGACUGUUGAUAGUGCCAAUCUCUUGAACGCGGGGUUGACCCACUCCGGACCGAGCUCCGGCCGAACCAUAUCAUGUAAGCCAUCAUAUCAACUUUGGCCAAUAACACUCACUAUGGCUUAUCAAAAUGCCUCCCCUGUCGUCAAUGCCUUCGGGAAAACACGCCUCCAGGAAUCCUUAGAGCGAGCUAGAGAUCGUCUAGGUCCAAGCCUGGGACAAUGGCUUGCUCUACCGGGACAUGCUCUCGCCAAAACCAUUGCACCUCUUGGUGAAGAUUGGGUUCUCAUUGACUGUGAGCAUGGUCACAUUGACGAUUAUAACAUGUACCUUCAAAUCAGUGCCAUAUCAUCAAGUGGCGUGUCACCUGUCGUCAGAAUUCCGGCCGGUGAACCUUGGAUGGUGAAGCGAGCACUAGAUGCAGGUGCCCAUGCGAUCAUGGUGCCGAUGUGCGAGACAAAGGAGCAGGCGAUGAAGAUCGUUGAAUCGGCCAAAUACCCCUCAAAGAGUUACCCGAAUGGUUUCCGAGGCACUGGAGCCAUGUUUGCCCCAGCUGCUUUCAAUUUGACCGGCCGUGAGUAUUUGCUCAACGCAAAUAGCAAUGUGAUGAUAUUCGUCCAAAUCGAGUCUCGCAAGGGCGUGGAAAAUGUUGAAGAGAUUGCCAAGGUCGAUGGUAUUGAUAUGCUUUUUAUCGGGCCAAAUGACCUUGCGUCUUCUCUAGGCUAUGUUGCUUUCGAUCAUGCAACAACACCGGAAGUGCAACAGGCGACUCAACGGAUUCUAGACGCAACUUUGGCCGCUGGAAAGUAUGCAGGACAUUUUGCUCUUGAUGCAGCAACUGCUGCUCAGCGAUACGAACAAGGCUUCCAUUUUGUGAACUGUGGUGCGGAUAUUGUGGCAUUGACAUCUCAGAUGUCAGCCGAGAUACGGAAGGUGAAGGAUCUAACGACAAAGGACUUGGCCUAUAAUGCCGCAAAUGGAAGCGGAUCGGAAAAUGGCGUGAAAAGCUUGGACGGCAGGGGAAAUGGUAGUGUGGAUGCCGUGAAGCUCUACUAG